AUGACGUAAUAAGCAUGCGAAAGAAACAAAAAACAAUAGCGUCAAACAAUAACAUGCCACUGUAUCAGCAGGGAAUGGAGGAAAAUUCCCCUGGCGUAAAGUCUGAUAUAGCUUCCACAAAUAACCUAGUCUUGUAACUAUGCCUAUAUAACAUGGAUGAUUUGGAAUACGUUGAAAGGCUAGGUGAUGGAAACAGUAAUUGUAACGCUGAGGGUGUAACCACUAAAACACCGAAGAAGAAGUCGGAAAAGCAAAAGGAGAGAGUUAGGCAGUAUAAGAAGAAAAUGCGUAAAAUAAAACGCAAGCAGGAACAACUAUUGAAUGAAAUGAACAUGUGUGUAGAUCAAGUCCACUCUGCCGUUCCAGAUACUCUAUAUAUAUCUGAUUCAAAGGCGACGUCUGCUAUGGACGGAGUAUUGUCAUCUGCAAGUUUACCGUCGCCUGCAUUAGGAAUUUUGUCUCCGAAAAAAGAUAUUUCAUUAAGAGGUUUCAAAAGCAUAUUUGAGUCUGCUUUAGCAAUGCAAUAUAUAGAAAGAGUUUCCACGUUGAGAGCCACUGCAGAUGUUUUCGAGCCCACUUUUAGAAUGAUCCAUUGGCCAAAAAAAUCCAGGGCCAUGCAUUUAACUGAACCAGUUGCUGACAUGAGUCAUGCGAAAAAAGUUUCUGCUUCCGAGUUGCACGUACCUGCAGUCGUCACACAGUCUGGGUCGGUUUCUAAACUACAGGCAAACGUUAUGGACGUUUCCCUUCCAUAUGAUACGCAGUUGUCAUAUUUCCCAAAACAAGAGGUACCAGUUUCAACCUUAAAUGCCUCUGCGAAACCGUUUGUUCCAGCCGCAUUAAGAAAAGCAAAGAAAGUGUUUGAAGGUCAGUCCGCUUUAGGCUCCUCUGUAGUCGCUAUAGCCGGAAACCAAAAGCAGGAAACGGCCUCCACUUCAAGGUCAGACGCGGUACUAGCAACACAGGAAGCAGUAUCCACACCAGCAGCAUCCAGUAGCACUUUCGUACCUUCAGGAGAAAACUAUUCAGAUAUUCCUGCAACGGGACACAAAGUGUCUUACAGCACCCGGUUUAAUGUCAAAACCCCAAAAGACACCCCCUACGUCAUAACAGACGACGAUGAAGUGUUUGGUAUUUUGGAUGUUUACGCCGGAAGUUGUCUCCAUAGUGACAUUACUGUGACAUCCAGUAUCAAGACAGAAGAAGGCUGCGGAUAUUCUUAUUUUACUCUUUCAAAUUUAUGAUAAAUAAAUCAGUGAAAUCUGAACAUUG